AUGGCGACGACCGCCGUUAAACACUUCGAAGUGUCCGCACCGGGGAAGGUGAUCCUGCACGGCGAGCAUUCCGUCGUAUACGGUCAUCCCGCCAUCGCCGGUUCGAUUGGACUGCACACCUACCUCAACUAUACCGCGCUGGAGCGUUCCGGUUCAUCCGCCUCCUCACCACCACCGCAAGUCAUCAUCGAGUUCCGUUCGAUCCCGUUCACUGCCACGCUGACGCUCGAUUCGUUCGGUGCCUUUCUGCGGGAAGUGGACUGCCGCGAAUCGCUGCAACCGGAAGCUUUCCUCGAGCAGUUGCGCUCGGAGGGUGCAUUUCCCUUUGCACGCUUUCUAUCGCCCGGCCCGGUGCCGCCCGUUUUAGAAGAAACAUCCUCAAAGGAACGCAUGUCACUCGGGUCCACGCUGUACAUCCUUAAUCGAGUCCUCCGCUCGGAGGGCGUUAGUUCGAUCGAUUCGACCAUCUUCAGUGAGGAGGCUUCUGGUGGCGGCGGUUUCCGACUGUCCCUCUACUCCGAGAUGAGCAUCGGCGCUGGGCUGGGAAGUUCGGCCAGCUAUGGCGUUUGUUUGGCGGCCGGUGCGUACCAACUUUCGCGCAUCCUUAAGCGCGAAGCGACGGUCACCCAGCUGGGCGAAGAUGUGCUCAAAAAGAUUUACCAGUGGUCGUUCGAUUCCGAGAUCAUAAUGCACGUGAAACCGUCCGGCAUUGAUAACGAGAUCGCGACGAACGGGGGGCUCGUACGGUUUCGGCGCGGAUCCGGCGUGAACAAGAUCAUCGCCCUGCGCCGUCCCGUGCACGUGUUGAUCGUUGAUACGGGUGUUAGUCGUAGCACGGCCAAUCUUGUUGCCAGUGCGGCGAAACGACUGGAAUUGUUCCCACGCACGGUCGGGCCCAUUUUGCAGGGGAUGGGUGGGCUGGUGGAUGAAGCGAUCGCACUGCUCGAAUCGGACGAAGCCCCGGAAACGGUGUACGAGCGACUGGGGACGCUCGUGAGCAUUAACAACAAUUUGCUGCGCUCGCUCGGUGUGAGUCAUCCGGCGCUGGAGCGCAUUUUCACCAUUGCCGAGGGGGCAGGGUUCUCCAGCAAGCUGACCGGGGCGGGCGGUGGUGGAUGUGCGUUUGUGCUGCUGCCGGCGGGUUACAAGGAGCUCGAGUCGUUCCGGGCACUGAUGGGCGCACUGGAUGAGGCUGGAUUUCGGUCGAUCGAAACGACGGUUGGUACGGGUGCGGGCGUUUCGCUUUCCUACGACCAUCAACACCAGCCGCAGGGUGACAAAUGACAGAGCGUGCCGAUGGUUCACCUGCAGGCAAAGAAACUGAAAAGACUUAACAAUUAGGCGGGGGUUCGGUUUUACUUGGUUGUGGGUUAAAAAAACUCUCUCUUUAAAAGGGUAUUACAGUGAGACUUAAGCAUUUCCUCUUUUAACUGCCAAUGUUUGCUUAAGAAUACGAAAGAUCUUUUUUUUUUUUGGUUACGGAACGACGGGGUUGGUUCAAAUAUAAAACACAGAAUUUAA